AAAACACAGAAUAUAUCAUUGCAUACAAAGGGGUGACAUUACAUGCAAAGUGCCAUUUAUGCAAUUUUUUUUUAACAAAUAGAUUACAAAAGACAAUAAAUUAACUUUUAAAAGCAUUAAGAUUCUUGGAAGGUUAAAUAAACAAGUCAACAUUUGAAGGGGAUCUAACCUAACCCAAAUGUGUUUUUGUCUUGGAGCAACUUGGAUUAACUUUUGUAAAUUCAUUUUGUAUAUUGAAGCCAAACAGUACACCCUUUAAAAACCCAAGAACCACUGGAGGACAUUGUGAUUAAUAACAUUAGAAAAUUUAAUUCAAAAUAGUGUGCGCGCGAGGACAAUCCAGAAGAUAUGCGGUUUCAUUAGGGUCACCAUAAAAAGAACAGCUUGUGUCCAUGUCCGAUUUAAACCCUUUCAAAAACCCUUAGUCUAUACAACAAACUUUAGAUAUUUCACAUUUUUACAGACCAGCAGACAUGCCACUAGUGUUAGAAAGAAUACGUUUUUUUUUUCCUAGAUUGAUAAACCAUUUGUUUUCUGUGGUGUGACGAGAUCAGAACACAUUUAAUAUUGCUUUACACAGUCUAUUUAUUCUACAGAGUCCAUGACGUCACACGAUCAAACGCGUCUUGCUCAUUGGCUGACGCUGCAACUAGCCUUAAACUAAAGUAAAAAAAAAAAAAAAAAUAGCAUUUGAGGUAUAGACCGUAUAAAACAUUUAAAGUGAUUUACAAAAAGCGCUGGCCCUCACUCCAGUACAGUAGAUGGCGGAAACGCACCUUAAAAUGUUUUAGAUGCCACUAACUUCACACGAGAGCGGAUUCUGGAAGUGCUGCGCUGGUUGUUUACAGCAGAUGAACAGGAGACUGUGAGUGAUACGUCACUGAUCAGCCAAGACUUCUAUUCAGAAGAGUCGGAGGAAAUGGAUCACUGUUAUGCAUUAACCGCAGACACACUACAAACUCUGCCAAUGAAGCGAAAGAAGUCCGACGUUAAGAAAAGAGAAAGAGACAGACUGAGACAGAAGAACAGAGUAAACAUCGGCGUGGCCUAUUCCAGAUGGAAAGCGCUGAAAGUGGAGAAAGGCAUGAAGAACGACGCGGAGGUUGCUUGUUACCUGCUGGACAGGGUGUGUGGCGGGCAUCUUUUACAAGACAAAUCCAGUGGGUCUUUGAGAAAGAGAGCAAGACCCCAGAAAUCAACAUAUGUAUCUGUGCCACGGACUGAGGUACGUACAUUCAGGAUUCUGAGGGAUUCACCUCCGCCCAGUUGGGACACCCAGUCAGACACUGAAUCCAUGCCUAGUCCAGACCCCCAGUCCACAAACGUUGAGGUCCUUGGGAUCUGCUAUGACCUCCCUCCCCUUUGGCCAUAUCAACCAGAGAAACAAGUACAGCCUGAACAACUAAUAGAGGAUGGAUAUGACCCAGAUGUCAGGAUGGGUUACACAGAGGAACAAAACAGUACGAUUGAGCAUAGUUCAUCUUCAAGCACUACAGAGGAAGACAGCACAGAGCACUACGAGGAAAGAAAGGAUGAACUCGCAGAGACUGCCCUGCGAUUGGAGGAACGUUUAAUCACCAUGAGAUCUUUGUCUGAUGCUGCAUCUGAUUGCAUUUCAAUGACAAGAGGAAUAGUAGAUCAGAAGGACAGAAAAUGGGCGGUCAACAAAUCCAGUUUGACAGGACUGUUCAGAACUUGCCAUCAGUGUGGAGAACCGGUUCUGAAAUUUAAAACAUUAACAUCCGGGAGUCUGAUUCGGAUUCAGUGGGAAUGCUCAAAGGGACAUCUCAUGUGGCUCUUUCCCAACCACAACCCAACAUAACACACACCGAAACCAGACGGGGAUGAAUGUGCAUCUAUAUUUAUUCGAUUGUGUAUCUAUAUUUAUUAAAACGUGAAUAUAAAAGAAAUAAAAGUUUCUACUUUGGAAUUACAAAAAUUUUGGAUUU